UUGAUUGUCUCUGUGUUCUCUCUGCAGGUCUCUCUGGCUGUUCUGGUCCUUCUCUCUGCGGUACUCCGCGGUGCCACAGCGGAAGAUUCCGUGCCCACUUACCAGCGGGUUGACCCGGUUACCGGUCAAACUCUCACUUGUGAAAAAUGUCCACCGGGUUAUCACAUGGACGCUCAUUGCACCGUGACCUCCGCCACGAAGUGCUCACCGUGCAGAAGUGGACACUACACUGAGCUGUGGAAUUACCUGCCCAGGUGUCUGUACUGCAGCAAUUUCUGCUCACACAACCAGGAGGUGGAGAGGGAGUGCUCCCCGAUCAACAACUCGGUCUGUAGAUGCAAACAGGGCUUCUACUGGGUGGAUGACUUCUGCACCAGACACUCCCCGUGCGGGCCCGGGCACGGUGUUCAAACCACAGGUACGUCGCAAAGUGACACUGUUUGCGAAAAGUGCCCUAAGGGCUACUUUUCGAGCUCGUCCUCUGCCACGGAUCCGUGCGUAAAACAUCACCAGUGCGCAAACGGGGAGGUUUUGCUCCUGCCUGGUUCAGCAUACGAAGACAAUGUGUGUGGCUCCAGCGAGGACAUUGAUGAAGGUCAGAGACUCAGGGUCGUCCUUUCUGCAUUCUUUAACUCUCCGAGGAAUCGGGUCAGACAACUGAGGAGAUUUGUAAGCAGGAUCAUCCGCAAGACAGGGCACGAGUGUUGCACGACUGUCCCCAAAGAGAGAGGCCCCCUGCUGGACCAGAUCAGGGCCUGGCUGUCCCAGGCUCCAGCAGAGCACCUGAGACAACUGCCCAAAAAGCUAAGGGAUUCCCACCUCACCUCCAUGGCAGACAAAGUGGACGAGAUACUCCGUAGAGACUAAUUCCAGCUUAGCUAAAUAAAUAGAUAAAAUAAAAAAACACAAAAAAACAACAACUCCAGCUUAGCUUUAGCAGAGGACAACAUGGAGCCAACAUCCAAAUUGUAUAAUUAUGAAACAACCCUUACCUAUGAAACAUAUGCAUCACUCCAACUUUGUCCGUUUAUUUCAGUUCAGCAGGAAAGCUGAUAUUUUUGUUUUCACUUAAUAUGACGCUGUGCGUCAUCAUUCAUGGUUAACAUGACCAUUGUUUCGUUGGUUUCUGUUGCAAUCGAAUUAUAAUUUAUUUAGCUGGCUAAAAAGUAAUGAAGUAGGUGUGGAACUAUAUUGUAUGUUUUUUCUUUGUGUUGUUUUUCUUUUUGUUAGCAGGAUUUUAGUUUUCUUUUUCAAAAGAGGAUGUAUCUUUAUAAAUAUGCUAAUGUUCAACGUGACAUUGAGAUUUAAAAUAUGAUAUUUGUAGUUACAUAGGCAGUGUUUGACAUAGACAUUAACUUUAGAAAAUUAUUUUAAUUGAUGAAUGUAAAACUCUGAAAUGAUUGAAAACUGAAAAUGUGCAGCAGCAAAAUAAAAUGUAUGUCAAC